UGUCGUUGAAUUCUCGAAGCUGCGCCUGCGCAGACCCUAGUUAAGCGUCAGAACUAUAGUCAACAAACAUGUCUACCGCUCCUGCUCCUCAAAACAAUAACGAAGAUCCCGGACUGCAAGGCUCCUGGGUAGAGCUGGAGCUGAAUGGUAAUACAGGGGCAGAGAGUAGGCAGACCAGCCAGCUGACACCACCUGAUGAAGACCAAAUCAAUGCAAAUGCAGGCAUGAGUCAAAGUCUCCACUCUUUAGAAGAGGGUGAAAGUGACGAAACCCUGAUUGGAGGACUGGAGCAUGUGCCAUCGUCAUCUUCUAUCCACAACGGAGACAUGGAAAAAAUACUUCUGGAUGCCCAGCAUGAGUCCAGCCCAAGUAAUUCAUCCUGUGAGAGUCCUCACAGACCACCAGGUUCCGGACAGGAUGAUGGCCAGAUAACAUUUGAUGUGGAGAUGUCCUGUCCAAGAGGCAGUCAGUCAGAGGACGAUACUGCAGACAUGGACAGAGAGGAUGACAUCUUGAUGAACAAAGAAGUUGAUUGGGUGGCCAAUUGGUCUAGUAGGCCUGAAAACAUCCCCCCAAAGGAGUUCCACUUCAGACAUCCCCGACGUUCAGUGUCUUUGAGUAUGCGGAAGAGUGGCGUCAUGAAGAAAGGUGGCAUCUUCUCUACUGAAUUCCUAAAAGUUUUCAUUCCUUCCCUGCUCAUCUCACACAUGCUGGCUCUUGGCCUUGGGGUGUACAUUGGGAAAAGAGUUGCCACAGCCGCCACCAGCUCCUACUGAGCAGAAGAUGAAGCAGUGCCUGGGUGUUCUCCUGUCUCCAAGCCUCCCAAACGCCUCCUGAAGUCAAGCUCUCACUGUGUGCAUCUGACCUACACCCACGUCUUUCUCUUCCAAUCUGCAUUAACUCGUGUCACACUGUAGAUGUAGUCAUGCUGAUUAUGUGGUUGCACUCCAACGGAUUGUUGACACUGAGUGAGGGGAGGGAGAGAGGGGGCCUUAUCGUAUAUGCGAGUCACCGACUUGAAUCUAACUCAAAAUCUAACUUGCCACGGAUCUUAUGUCAGGUGGCAUCAAGUUGAAGUUUUCUUUUGUGUCUUGAUAUUGAACAUAUCAAUUCUGGUAUUUCUGCUGAGCUACAGGUUUUCUUUUAGGUGAAAAGCAGAAAGGAAGACAUAUGUUAUUUAUGCCAUAACUGCUUUAUGAACUAAUUGACUUUGGGGAACCAGAGAGACUUUGAUAGCUUGAAAGUUUAUGACUUUAAGGCCAACUUCACACCAGAUUAAAGCCACCCUACAAUCCCCAGGCGUUUUAGGGUCAUUUGAAUGUCGGUGGAUCGCGGCAAAGAUGGAAAACCUCAUUUUAAUGUGUUCCUACUAGUUAGAACGUAGGUUUUCCUGCUGGGUUGUUAUCCAGUACUAUUGCCUUGUGCUUCAUAUGAUCUAGGAUUCCUCUUUACAGUCUGCAGAAUUUGGAGGUUUCUGAUGAAUGUUCUGGUUGAUAUUUAAUGUUGGGAUGUCGUCUUUGUCUAUUGUGAACAGGGCCUUACUUUCAAGGUGCAGUGAACUGCUGUUCAGAGCUGAAUGCUGCAGCACUGCUUUUUUUUUAAAAAAAUUCGCACAAUUUUGAGGAUGGUAUUCAUAACAUGUUGUUCCCCAGAGGGUUUCUAUAUAAACUUUGUUGAGUUGCCAAGCAUAAACAUUAUCCUAUUAUCUUGCCCCAAAGAGUUGGCAUGCUUUAUUAUAGUGGCAUCUAGAGUGGAAGAUAAUAUACCAGGCCAAAAGCUACUUUUAUGUAUUUUUUUUUCUGACAUAUUCCCUUUUUUUAACAUAUAGGAGCAGUAGCAAAGUGCCAAAACAUUUACCUUUCACCACUGUACAUUGGUGGCCUGUCCUAUGCGUUCUGAUUUGUUUCUUUUGUUUUCUUAUAUGUUUAUAUAUUUAAUUAUGUACUUGUGAAGAUUAAUUUAAGCUGUGACCUUCCCCAUGCUAUGUACACGUCUCAACAUUGUAUAACUUGUUUAUACAUUGAUUAUUCAUGCAUAUUAUAGUAUAUCUUAUGCAUUGUGGCAAUGUGAGUAUUGUGUUUUUGCUCAGUUGCUAGGGCUUUAGCUGCAUAAAUCACCACCACAGAGGAAGAUAUUUUCUGGGGCCUAUUUCAGAAAUGUUAUCUAAGUUUAAUCUUGGUUUCACUGUACAAUAAUUUCACCUAAUAUAUAUGAUAUUAUGUACAGUGUCUGUGGACCAUCUAAAGAUGAUAUAGAAAUCGUUCAUUAAGGAUAACGUAUGCAUUUCUGUAUGUUGAUGCUCAUUGCAUGGCUCCUCUGUUGACGGAUUAUAACCAUAUAAAAAUAUAAACUACAAUGUACAAAAUUGUCCAAUUUGGUUUCAGUUCUAAGCUGUGAUGUGUGAUUUGGGUUGCCAGCUUAUAAACUGCAAAGUUGGUCCUAA